AUGACUCAGCACGGUCGGAAUCAUCAACAGCAGUACGGUCGGGCUCAUCAACAGCAGUACGGUCGGACUCAUCAACAGCAGUACGGUCGUACUCAUCAACAGCAGUACGGUCGUACUCAUCAACAGCAGUACGGUCAGGCUCAUCAACAGCAGUACGGUGUGACUCAUCAACAGCAGUACGGUCGGACUCAUCAACAGCAGUACGGUGUGACUCAUCAACAGCAGUACGGUGUGACUCAUCAACAGCAGUACGGUCGUACUCAUCAACAGCAGUACGGUGUGACUCAUCAACAGCAGUACGGUCGGACUCAUCAACAGCAGUACGGUCGUACUCAUCAACAGCAGUACGGUGUGACUCAUCAACAGCAGUACGGUCGGACGCAUCAACAGCAGUACGGACACGAUAUGACGGCAACGUCACUUAAGUGUAAACCAUCACAGCCGUUUUGA